CCUUAAAUUUACAUCAUCCUUAUUACAUCUUCUUUUGCAUACCAGAACCUUCAUUUGCUCAAGCGACAGUGAUUAAGCCACAGUUCGAAGUCAGUUAAAGCCGAUCAAUAAGCCCCUAGUCUUCCCAAGCGGAAACAUAUGAAGACCUUGUCAGUUAUUAUCCUCUUAAUGGUGGUUCAUCAUUUUGCCGUUAUUUGUCAUGGAAGAGAUUAUCAUGAACCACUUCCACUUCAUCCUCCACUGCAUCCUCCAUAUAUGUGCGUGAAAGCUGUGAUACCGGGACAACAGGCGUGUAUGUUUAUGACGUGUGAUUACCAAUGCAGACGGCUACUUGGAUAUGAGUCCUAUGGACACUGCCCUUGGUUGACUUGUCAAUGUUUCUAUCCCUGUGACGAGGAGCCACACAAACACAAGCUCCGUCCCUAGAUUAGAGUUAGACGACCCUUUUGUGAAUGAACGAACGAAUGUUUCUUGCCGGUCAGCCAGGUUAUGAUCAGUUAGCUAUCGAUCGGACAAGAUAAAUCUGUUUGUUUAAAAUAAAUUAA